UUCACUUCCGGCGCCGCGGUUCUUCCGGGCAGAAACAGCCAGGGCUGGCGUCCGAGUCUCGGCCAGCGCCUGACUGACCGACCCGCCGACCGGCCAUGGCGCCCGGCGGGGCCCGCGGGCCGACGCCGCACUGGGGGCUGCCCCUCGGCGGCGCCGCGCUGCUCCUGCUGCUCGUCCCGGCGGCCGCCGCGCAGGAGCCGCCCGCAGCGGCCUGUUCUCAGAACACAAACGGAACCUGUGGGGACUGCCUGAAGAACGUCUCCUGUCUGUGGUGCAACACUAACAAGGCGUGUUUGGACUACCCAGUCACAAACAUCUUGCCACCCAGUUCGCUUUGUCAACUGAGUUCUGCACGCUGGGGUGUUUGCUGGGUGAACUUCGAGGCGUUGAUUAUCGCCAUGUCGGUGGUGGGGGUGGCCAUCCUCCUGGGCAUUGCUGUCUGCUGCUGCUGCUGCUGCCGGAGGAAGAGGCGUCGGGAGCUGGACAAGAGUGACGAGAAGGAGAUGAGAGAGCGGGAAGAGAGGCGGAUGCGGCAGGAGGAAAGGAGAGCAGAGAUGAAGUCAAGACAUGAUGAAAUCAGAAAAAAAUAUGGUUUGUUUAAAGAAGAAAACCCGUAUGCGAGAUUCGAAAACAACUGAAACGCUGCAGCUCGUCAGGCAAUCCAGAGCUUCCGGUGCGCGCACGCCCCUCAGCACAGCCCAGCAGGGGGACGGCUGCCCUCGUCUUGUUCCCGACCUUGGCAGAGCGCCCCUGCCAGUCCCCCAGGACGGGCACUUGGGGAGCUGCCCCGAAAGGGCAGUUUCUUCUCUGUCCCUGCAAACUCGCGACCUUCUGUUAUAUUCCUUGUUAUCUCUAUUUCUGUAGUCACUUGGGACAGUAAACCUUUGGCGGUUUUUUCUUUUUGUUUUUUUGAGGAGGAAAUGUGCCUAUUCAACUACUCUUCUCGAUUUAUAAGCUCGUUGCAAACUAAGCAGCCUAGCAGCACUAACUCGCUGUUGCUGUUAACUUUUCUGUGCAGCUGCAGAAUUCUUGAGUUCCUCUCUGCCCACCGACAAGCUUCACACAGCAACAAAUGAAAGUCGGUUUUACUUUUGUUGUGGGGAGAACUGACCAGGCCCUCCUCAUUUCCCCGUAAAGCCACGGACAACAUCUCUGGUGCCGUUUGCGCGUGGCCUGCCAUGCCCGUCUUGUUGAAUCCUCACCUGGGUUGACUCGGGUGGCUUUUGCCGAAGACAGCGUUCCAGUACACGGUCUAAUGGGAUCCACUUCCUGACCUCAGCUGUAUUGAGUGGCGUUGAGAAAUAGGUGAAAUCACUGCCAUUUUAAAAAACAUAAUUCUUGGAUUCUUUCUUCCACCUAAAAGAGUUCACCAAAAAACUUUCAUAUGAAAGUUCAGAUCCCUUAUUGGACAAUUUUUAAAAUUUGUAUCUUUAAUAGAACAUGAGAAUCUUUUUCCCAGUAGCAACUUGGAUUAUAAAUGCAGUUUUCAACCCUGCC